AUGGCUAAGGGGUUCCUAAAGUUGGAAAAUGAUUUGGAAGGAGAGCCUGACAAGUGUUUGCAAGAGCUUGUCGAUAGAUGUCUAGUCCUCGUCUCCAAGAAAAGUCUAGAUGGAACAAAAAUUAGAUCAUGUAAGGUUCAUGAUCUAAUAUAUGACCUGUGCGUGAGAGAAAUUCAAAGGGAGAACAUUUUUAUCAUGAAUGACAUUGUGCUUGGCGUAGCAGAACGUGGAAAUCUCAGUAUGCAAAAAAUGCAACCCUUUAAACGCGUGACUGGUGAUAAAAUUGAAUGUCGUCUCUAUGGUCUUUAUAGGGCUCUUCUUACCCCUAUACAUUGUCAGUUGAGAGAUCAUGACAACAAUGAUCUUUUGGAACGAACCCGUUCUAUUUUCUCUUUUCAUCAUAAGUAUUCAUAUUUUAUUGUCAAGUCGGAGCUUAUUCAUUUCAAAUUACUCAGAGUCUUGGAGUCGAGAAACAUAGAUAUGGAUCAUUUCCCUGUACAGAUUCUAAGCCUCAUCUGGUUGAGGUACCUAUCAUUGCAAUGCUCUCGGAAUUUAAAUAUACAAACUAUUUCUUACUUGUAUCCACGUUGUUGCACGAAUGAGGUUAUUAUGGGGAUUCAGAAUGUCAAAGAAAUAGGAAUCUUUGGAAAUGAGAUUCGCUCUAAUGGGCUUCUCAACAGUCUUGUCCAUCUGCAGCAACUUGAAACAUUGAGUCUUAUCUAUUGUUCUAGUCGAUUUUUUCCAGCAAGUACAAAAGCUUUUCCAGCAACGCUCAAGAAGCUGAAGUUGAAAAGAAAUUUUCUACGAUGGUCGUACAUGGACAUCAUAGCUGAAUUGCCUAACCUUGAGGUGCUGAAGGUGAUGUUUCAUGCUUAUCGUGGAGAAGAAUGGAUUCCAAAUGUUACGGGAUUUACUCAAUUGAAGGUUUUGUUAAUUGAAGAUUGUUUUCUCAUGUACUAG